AUGGCGUACAAGGUUCGGUAUAUGUGGCAUCCCACACACAAAGUGACAGACUUGAAAGCGUGCGAAAAGUUCUUCCACGACGUGUUUAACUUGGAGAGCACUCCGGUGGAGGCCAAUCUUCCACCCAAAGAGGAAUGUCCCACGUAUCCCCGCGACUAUUCGAUCCUCACAAUGAUUCGCGAGGUCAUGUUCGACUGCGUUGACCCUACAAAGUACAUUGUCGAAGGGCGGCAGUCCCUGGAAGAUGUUGGCGAACCAGGACACCUGUUCUGCUUUGGCCUGGCUGUAGACGGCGCAGACGAGAUCUACAAGGUGUGCAUUGAGAACGGAAUUCGCAGCACCGACCAAGCAAACCGUCUGGGCAGUCUCAAGAAACCCCCUAUCACAGGCUUCAAGAAUGCAACGCUCUUUUUCACACUUCCCGAGAGCGCUGGGCUACGGUAUCAAAUCUAUCCCCACGACGCCACGGGACCUCCUGAUCCCCGAGCCGAACCUGGCUGGAAGCUUCCUCCUGUGUCAGAGAACGACCCUCUCUCGCUAGAAUUCUGUUCGCAUCACACAAUUCUGACGGCAAAUCCCGCCAAAGCUUUCAACUUCCUCAUCGGCAUAUUGAAGGGCAAAAUCAUCAACCAGGGCCGCAAUGAACUCCUUGAAACGGAUAGUACAUAUAUUUCUCUCGGAGACGGUGUAUAUGAAGUUGCCGUUCCUACUCGCGCAGGAUCUUUUGCGGCAGAGGACCUGAAGUUGAAUGCCCCUUUUGACACAUAUCACGCGCUCACGUGGAAAGUGAGAGAUCUUGCCAAGGUCCGGCGGCACCUAGAAGCAAAGAAGAUUCCGUUGCUGAUGCAGAACGAGCACACGAUCAUCACAGAUCCAAAACAUACUAUCGGGGUUCCCUGGGGCUUUACUGACCAAAAGGUGCCUGGUGAUCUGAGAUUGUCUCCGUGA